CUGUAUCAUGUUGGCUAAACCAAUUCCUUUUUUUUAGAACCAAAGCAAACUUCAUUACUCAGCCAGAAAACAUCUUCAUUUUUCCUUUGGUUUCACCAAAGAACAUUCCACACUCCACCUACCACUUUUCUCAUAAACCAUUAUUUUCAAUUCUUCACACACAAGGACUUGUGUGGUGUGGAAUAGUGAAAGACAUUGCAACAACAUGCCAAAUCAACACCCCAUUUUGCAUUGUACUUUCCUCAUGUUUCUCUUGUACUUUCUACUCAAUGCAGCUCCUGUGAGUUGCAAAUCCACCAUUGAGCCAUGCUCUGAUAGUAACUCCUGUAAUGCUCUUCUUGGCUACACCCUUUACACUGAGCUCAAGGUCUCUGAGGUUGCUUCUCUCUUCCAAAUAGACCCUAUUUCUCUUCUCACUGCCAAUGCCUUUAACAUAUCCUUCUCUGAUGUAGAGCAUCAUAUUCUCCCUUGCAAACUCUUCCUUAAGGUCCCUAUCACAUGUUCCUGUGCUGAUGGGAUUAGAAAAUCAGUGUCCGCCCAUUACAGGACUCGUCCUUCUGAUACUCUCUCUUCCAUUGCAGAUUCAGUUUAUGGAGGUCUGGUGUCUCCUGAUCAGCUUAGGGAGGCUAAUUCCAUAGCUGACCCUUCGAUGCUAGAUGUGGGUCACAACCUUGUGGUGCCACUUCCAUGCACAUGCUUCAAUGGCAGUGAUAAUUCUUUGCCUUCAAUUUACCUCUCCUAUGUGGUAAAGCCAAUGGAUACUUUGGCUGCCAUUGCAGCUAGGUAUUUCACCACACUUACUGAUUUGAUGAAUGUCAAUGACAUGGGGAGUGCAGCUAUCUCUGAUGGAGAUAUUCUUGUUGUUCCAAUUCCUGCUUGUGCAUCAAAAUUUCCAAAAUAUGCCACUGAUUUUGGCUUGCUUGUUCCUAAUGGAAGCUACACCAUUACAGCUAGUCACUGUGUGCAGUGUAGCUGUGGACCACAGAAUUUAGAUUUAUACUGUAUUCCCUCUUCUCUAGCCGUCUCUUGCUCCAGCAUGCAAUGCAAAAGAAGCAAUCUUACACUUGGGAAUGUUACCGUGCAAAAGAUGAGCUCAGGUUGUAAUGUGACAUCGUGCAAUUAUGAUGGUUUUGUCAAUGGCAGCAUAUUAACAAUGAUGGCCUCAUCUCUUCAGCCUCAUUGUCCAGACCACCAACGAUUCCCUCCACUUAGAGCGCCACCUUCAUCUCUUACAAGGGAAUCAGUUGUUGCAUUUCCUCCAUCUCUGUCACCAUCACAGCCACCAUUACUGUCACAAUCACCAUCAUCGCCAUCAGAAGGAACAGGUCUAACAGCACCCAAAUCUUCAGUCAUGCCCGCAACCAGAUCAUUUCCAGUAUUCUCUCCUGGAAGUGGCCCUGUUGGUAGGAUUGCUUCUGCUGCGUCCUCUUUGGUGAGUGCUAUUCCCAUAUUGACGCCAUCAUUUAUGUUGUUGCUUAUAACGUUGAUGAUCCCUGUGGCUUUGUAAUCUUCUUAGUUUUCUGGUGCGUUCUGUUCUGUCCCAUGGCUUUAUCACAGAUGCUCUGUUUUAGUUACUCUGUUUUAGU